AUAGCAGAUGUGUGGCCGCAUGUGCGUGUGUGCUGUCAACGACUUGCCGAUCAUAGAGAUUUCCCUGCUUGAGACCCACCGUACGCUGCUAGUGCUACUUAACCCAACUACUAUAUUGCUUCAGCCCACUUGGUGAAAAUGCAGGAAGAAGCUAAUCUGCGAACAUGCAUUAUUCACCACGAAGAGUCGACUGAUCUUCGGUUUCAUGUUAUGAACCAGACGAGGCUACAAAGGAUCCGAUCAGUCAAGGAGGACAGACUCAAGAUGCCCAUUGGUUCACCCUAUCGGAUGGACAUAAUCUGUUGUCAAAUACCGGAUGAAAUACCCACCCAAAGUUUUGAUAGCUUUGGCUACCACAGAGGCUGCUACCAGCGCUUUACUGCAAACUUGCAUCAUCUUGAGCAACAAGGCGCCACAGAGCCAGAAGAUCCACAAAGAAAACGUCCAAAACGAGAUCCAGUAGAAGGGAAACAGGUUAUUUUCCCAAAGCAGUGCAUUUUUCAAUGGAGUGGUCAACAGAGAUGCAAGAGUACAGUCAGGAAAAAGGUCAAAGUAAAAGGUUCGGUUACAAGCGAAGGAUUGUGUGUUUUCGAUAGAGGUGGAGGAGAACGACUACAGGAGGUAGCAAAUGAACGGAAGGACGAGGAGCUUUUGUUGAAAAUAAGACAUGUGGAUUUGUUUGCUUGUGAAGCUAUGUACCACAGGUCAUGCACCCAAGCAUACAUACGUAACUAUGCAAGAGCGUCCACCUCGAGAGAGACAGAGGGCAAGUCAGAAUCUACUAGAGAGUAUCACCAAAUGGUUGAAGCACACAGUUUUGCUUUUAAAGAAGUUUGUAAAGUUAUUGACAGAGAGGUAUUUCAUUUUGCCCUUUAUCAUGACAAAUAUUAAGCACAGAGUUGAAUUUUCAAUAACACCGUUCAAUGCUACCCAAAGAAAGUUCUACUAAUGUGUUUUAUACUCUACUGACCUUUUGCUAGUUUAUGGUUACCUAACUAAUUAUGUCAUUGUUAUGCAGAAUUUAUUAGUUUGCAUGGAAACAAUUUUCCCUCACAUGCAGAAGUUAUUAUGCAGCAAGAAAGUGCUGCUUCUUCAAGCAAACAUGCUACGUUUAGCGUGUUGUUUUUUAGUAACCUCUGUUCAGAGUUCUUUGGGAUUUAAUGAAUUAUUAUUUUUUGGCAUUUUAUUAAGUAUUGUUGUAUUUGGCCUAAUAAUUCAUUGUAUUAUUAUUUUUCAAUUCAUGAGUUUAUGCAUCGAUGAAGUUGAUUACCUGUAACUUGUUGACGAAGCAGAACAUGCACAUAUGCAAAAAUCAUUGUGCAGGAUACAAGUGCUGCUUCCAUAACAAAUGAAAGGUCAUUGGCAAACAAGGUGUGUUGAAGUUGAAAGAAAUGGUAGACCUGUAUUAUGGCCAUCUCCAAAGUACUCCAUUCCACGUCGAAAAUCCUCAUGGGAACACUGUCAAAAAUAAGAUUGUAAAGGCAUACGGUG